AAAACAUAUGUGUUUCUUUUACACAGGAGAAUCCCUUCAAGGAAAGAAUUGUGGAAUCUUUCUCAGAAGAUGGAGAGGGGAGCCUCAGCUUCAAUGAUUUUGUGGAUAUGUUCUCUGUGCUCAGUGAAAUGGCUCCCAGAGAGCUUAAAGCAAUCUAUGCCUUUAAGAUCUAUGAUUUUAACACGGAUAACUUCAUUUGUAAAUCAGACUUGGAAAAAACUCUCAAUAAGCUGACCCGAGAAGAGCUGACAGCAGAAGAAAUCACUCUGGUCUGUGAGAAAGUGAUAGAAGAAGCUGACAUGGAUGGUGAUGGGAAACUAGGAUUUGCAGACUUUGAAAACAUGAUUUCCAAAGCACCAGACUUUCUCAGUACUUUCCACAUAAGAAUCUAAAGAUGUAUCGGUGAGCCAGUGUUGUCAGAAAUGACUUGCCAGUCCAGCCUUUCUGAAUCUCAGGCACUUCGGGGGCUUUUGUCCUCUAAAUAUGGCUUCUUAACACUCAGCAGAAAUUACUGAAAUAAUUCUCAUCCUCAAAGAGACAGAAGCAUGAUGUGAUCAAUCUACAGGAUAUUUGGAACAGUCACAUUUUUAUCUUCACUGCUGCCCAAGCACUCUGGCAAAGAUGGUUGGUUGUUGGGUUGUGGUUUUUCCUGUUUGUUUGGGGUUUUUUUCUUUUUCUUUUCUUUUUUUUCUUAACACUUAGAAUGUUAUUAAAGCUAUUUCCACCUAGUUUUUAUAUUUAUGAAUAUUUAAUACUGCUCUUAAAAGCAAAAAAAAAA